CAGACAGGUUCUCUGUUUAGUUCGUAAAAUAAAACAAAUGAAAGUUGCACAGCUGCUUUGUUUACUUUGGAUAUUGUAUUUAAACACUGAUGUUCUAGCUCAGAGGCAAAGAGGUGUUAGAAAAGAAAAUACAAGGAAUGAUGAACCGGGUUAUGGUAGGAGACAAGCUUCGCCAAGUAUAGGAAAACCAGCAGAGAGUAGGGAGAGGAACCGAAAUGAUGGAAGGAAUAGAGGUCAUAGGCAAAGAGGUGCUAGAAAAGGAAAUACAAGGAAUAGUGACAUACGUUAUGGUCGGAGACAAGCUUCGCCAAGUAGAGGAAAACAAGCAAAAGGAAGGGAGAGGAACCGAAAUUAUGGAAGGAACGGAGGACGAAGACGAGCAUCUCCUGAACCAGUUUUAACAGAGCGGAAAAUGAUGCAAACUCUUUGUAAACAUUGCAAUAAUAGAGACCCAAACAGCGCAAACUGUCGAUCUGUUUGCCAAGAAUCAAACAGCCCCGACGGUAGCAGAGCUUUCUCUAGACAACUCGGAGAUUCGUUUUGCUACUUUUGUGAAAACUACCGAAGCAACUGGAGUUAUUACCAAUUAUGCAGAAAUCGGUUAUGUGCAGCAGGAAAGUAGUGGAAAAAAUCGUUAUUUUUUGUUUUGAGAAAUAAUAAAAACAAUCUAUUUUUUAUUCAUUUUGCUGUUAAAUGAAUAAAAGUGAGCAAGCCAGAAA